AUGGCAUUUGACUGCCAUAAUUACUCGGAUGGCAAGAAAUUCCGAAUGGUGAUUUUUGAAUUCAGGGAUUAUGCAUUGACUUGGUGGGUGAAUGAGAGAUGUUAUAGAGAACGGCAUCAACGAAAUCCGAUUGAUACUUGGCCCCGGUUGAAGGAAAUCAUGAGGAGGCGUUUUGUGCCACAAAGUUAUGAACGAGAUAUGAAUAUCAAGUUGCAGUCCUUGGUGCAAGGUUCAAAAUUGGUGGAGGAAUAUUUUAAGGAAUUGGAGAUUUUGAUGAUGCGAUUGGAUAUUGAUAAGAUCGGGUCAUUGACAGAAGCUCGGUUCAUUAAGGGUUUGAGGCGUGAGAUAGCUGAUACGGUUGAGCUGCACCAUUUUCAUUCUCUUCGGGAAGCUGUGGAUUUGGCUAUCAAACGCAAGGAGCAGCUCAAGAGACCAACCUCAACUGGAUUUUCAUCUCAAAGGAAGUUUCCAACCAGUUCUGUAGCUCCGGUUGUAUCUUCUACCGGAUCUAAAGGAAUUGUUUUCGCUAGGCCCUUCGAUAAAAAUAUGGAUAAAGGCAAAUAUAAAAUAAUUGAUAAGAAGGAUGAGGCUGCGAAGUUCAAAGGAAAGGAUUUUGGACAGCAAAAAGAAAAGAUUGUAACGUGCUAUAAGUGUCAUGGACAAGGGCACUAUGCAGGUCAAUGCCCCAAUAAACGAACCGUUAUGAUUUUGGAGAAUGGCGAAUGGGGAUAUGUCGAUGAUGGUGAGGGCGAUGAGGUAGUAGAUGCUGAAACAGAGGCUGGAAGUGAUGAAGACGUUGAAGAAGUGUGCGAUGAGGAUCCAUUAAGUUUAGUAGUCAUGCGUGCCUUGACAUCUUUACCGCGUGAAGAUAAGGAUGCGGGACAGCGAGAAAAUCUAUUCCAUUGUCAUUGCAAGGUAGCGGGACAUACUAUAUCCAUGAUAGUGGAUUCGGGUAGUUGCACCAAUGUUAUUAGUUCCUAUGUGGUCGAGAAGCUGAGUUUGAAUACGACCCCACACCCGAAACCAUAUAACCUACAUUGGAUGACCGAUGAAGGAGCUGUCCGUGUCGAUAGACGAGCGAUUGUUACCUUUUCGAUUUGUGGUUUCAGCGAUGAUGUCCUUUGUUGUAAGAAGCUGAGCAUUUCUGCCCUUCCACUCGAGACCGUCCGUCGUGAUUCUGAACAUUUACAUAAGACUAUGCGAGAUGUGGUAAAAUCAAAAGUGGCUGUUGUUACCGUUUCGGCGAAACCUUCCGAGGGAGACGAUAGCAAGCUGAUGCUUAGUCUCAAAGAGUUCAACAAAGAAGUUCGCCAAAACAACUUGCUUAAAGAGUUUGAGGAUGUUUUUCCGGAUGAUAUACCACCUGGAUUACCACCAUUGCGAGGCAUCAAACAUCGUGUUGAUUUUGCGCCGGGUUUAUCAAUCCCCAAUAGGCCAGCUUAUAGGUGUAAUCCAAAAGAAAGUGAGGAAAUUCGAAGACAAGUCCAAGAGCUUCUUGAUAAGGGAUGGGUUCGAGAAUCUUUAUCUCCUUGUGUUGUACCUGUUUUACUUGUCCCUAAAAAGGAUAACUCAUGGCGUGAAGAUGGUCUUAAGGUUGAUGAAUCUAAGGUUGCUGCAAUCCAGGAAUGGGAAAAAUGUACAAGUGUGGCCGAUGUCCAGAGGUUCCUUGGAAUGUGUGGAUUCUUUAGGCGAUUCGUAUCACACUUUAGUGUGAUAGCAGCCCCAUUGACCUCCCUUUUAAAGAAGAAUGUUCCAUUUAAGUGGGAGGCAAGUCACGAAGCAUCCUUUGAGAAGCUUCGGGAUAGUUUGCCACAUGCUCCGGUUUUGGCACUACCCGAUUUUGAACGAGCUUUUGAAGUCCAAUGCGAUGCUAGUGGAGUUGGUAUAGGUGCAGUACUAUUACAAGAAGGACGACCGAUUGCUUAUUAUAGUGAGAGAUUCAAUGGAGCAGCCCUUAAUUACUCGACAUACGACAAGGAAUUAUAUGCGGUUGUGCAAGCCCUGAGAGUUUGGCAACAUUACUUGCUGCCAAAAGAGUUCGUGAUUCACAUAGAUCAUGAGACCCUCAAGCAUUUGCGUAGGCAGCAGCAACUCAAUCAACGUCAUUCUCGAUGUAGCAUUAGAGAUGUUUUGAUUGAGUGGAGUCAUGGUAGUCAUAUGCUUGGACAUUUUGGUAGACAUGCUACAUUUGAUGUUCUUAGCGUCCACUUUUACUGGCCUCAUAUGCGUAAACAUGUUGAUUCUUUUGUUGAUAAGUGUCUUGUAUGUAGAGUGGCGAAGAGUACUUUGAAGCCCCAUGGUAUGUAUACUCCUCUUCCCACUCCGGAAGGCCCUUGGUUAGAUAUUUCUAUGGAUUUUGUUCUUGGUUUACCUCGGACACCGCGUGCUAAAGACUCAAUUUUUGUUGUGGUUGAUAGAUUUUCCAAGAUGGCUCACUUUAUACCUUGUGCGAAAACGACAGAUGCUAGUCAUGUGGCAAAGCUUUUCUUUCGAGAGAUUGUGAAAUUGCAUGGGGUCCCAAAAACUAUUGUAUCUGACAGGGAUGUAAAUGGUCGAACAUGGGAUGAAUGCCUACCACAUGUUGAAUUUGCUUAUAAUAGGCAUGUUAGUACUACUACUAAAUUGUCCCCGUUUGAGGAAUUACAUGCCAAAGUACGGGAGAACAUUGAUAAGGCGGCCGCGACAUACGCACGCUAUGCCAAUCGCGGAAGAAAACGCGUGAUAUUUCGACCCGGAGAUUGGAUAUGGGUACAUUUGCGUAGAGAACGCUUUCCGGAGCUGCGGCGUGGGAAAUUUUCUCCUCAUGGAGCUGGUCCAUUUCCUGUGUUUGAGCGCAUAAACGAUAACGCAUACCGGAUUGCACUUCCGGAAGACUUGGGCGUGAAUGCGACUUUCAAUGUUGCCAAUUUGAGCCUUUUUUAUCACGCUGAAAAUGCUACUAGCCUUGAGUACAAGGCAGCCAAAAAUGCUACUACUAGCCUUGGGGACAAGGCAGCCGAAGGGGGAAAGGAUGACACGCCUCCGGAUCACCCGAACCCGAACUUAGACAGUCCGAUUGCAACCCGAACCCGGUCGAAGCUACUUGUUUGCUUGAAGGUUGUGAUCCUUUGA